AAAGAAUAAUUAUUCACCGUUAAAAAACUUCGUGAGGGAGAGAGAGAUUAUUACACAUAAUAGGUCGAUGAUAUGACAACAUCUCUGCUUCUUCUCAGACAUUCCUCCUCAGCUGCUCUCUUCUCCUCUUCCUCUUUGGUCUUCUUCGCCAAGAACACAAACUCCUCUCGCUCCUUCACUUCCAUCAAGAUGGAACAAAACACGGCGAAGAAGAAGGUCUUCGUUGCCGGAGCCACAGGACAAACCGGGAAGAGGAUCGUGGAACAGCUCUUAUCCCGCGGCUUCGCCGUCAAAGCCGGCGUUCGCGAUGUAGACAAAGCGAAAACAUCUUUCAGACAAGACCCAUCUCUUCACUUCGUUAAAGCAGACGUGACAGAAGGCUCAGAGAAGCUAGCAGAAGCCAUCGGCGACGACACUCAAGCCGUGAUCUGCGCCACUGGCUUCCGCCCCGGGUUCGAUCUCUUCGCUCCUUGGAAGAUCGAUAACUUCGGAACGGUGAGCUUGGUGGACGCGUGUAAGAAGCGAGGAGUGGGCAGGUUUGUUCUCGUGAGCUCGAUCUUGGUGAACGGAGCUGCGACGGGACAGAUUCUUAACCCGGCGUACAUCUUCCUCAACGUCUUUGGGCUUACUUUGAUCGCUAAGCUUCAAGCUGAGAAGUAUAUCAAAAGAUCUGGCGUUAACUAUACUAUUGUGAGGCCCGGUGGGCUUAAGAACGAUCCUCCUUCGGGAAAUGUAGUCAUGGAGCCUGAGGAUACGUUGUCUGGAGGGAGCAUAUCGAGAGACCAGGUGGCUGAAGUUGCGGUUGAAGCUUUGCUUGAUGAGGAGGAGUCUUCUUACAAGGUUGUGGAGAUUGUUGCUAGUGCUGAUGCUCCUAAACGUUCUUACAAGGAUCUCUUUGCUUCGGUUAAAGGACAUUAACUAACGAGAAUCACAAUGUAAUGAUGAGUCUCAUGCUCUAUUACAGAACCUUUAUUUCUCUUA